AUGGGUUCAGGAUACCAUCCCGGCAGCGACAAAGCCGCAUACAUGCGGGAUCUACAGCUUGCCGUCAACCCGCGGGAGUUCCUUCCUGUUUCUCGUUUGGCAGGAGCAACCAACUCCUCCUACUACAGCGUCGAUAAGUACAGCAACACCAGCUUCUCCAACGGUGGACCUGCGCAUGGAGCAGUAGUCAAUUCGCUUCCAACUUCAGGAAACCCUUAUGAUAAUAACUUGCAAUUGUAUACAACCAAAGAGAAGUACACAGAGCUCAAGAGUAUGAUCUUGAAAGCUCCCCAAAGCUCUUGCUCUCAACAACCUGAAAACAAGCCCAAUUUUAGAAACAAUAACGAUGAGGAAAAAUUGACAUGA